GUCCUUCCUCCUUUUCCUCAUCCCUGAGAGGCUAACGCCAAGAUGAACGACACAGUAACCGUCAGAACCCGGAAGUUCAUGACAAACCGGCUGCUUCAGAGGAAGCAAAUGGUUGUUGAUGUCCUCCAUCCGGGCAAAGCCACAGUCCCUAAGACUGAGAUCAGGGAGAAGCUGGCCAAAAUGUACAAGACCACCCCUGAUGUGGUGUUCGUCUUCGGCUUCAGGACCCAAUUUGGUGGCGGCAAGACGACGGGCUUCGCCAUGGUCUACGAUUCUCUCGACUACGCUAAGAAGAAUGAGCCCAAGCACAGACUGGCCAGGCACGGUCUCUAUGAGAAGAAGAAGUCCUCCAGAAAACAGCGCAAGGAACGCAAGAACAGAAUGAAGAAAGUACGAGGCACCAAGAAAGCCAGUGUGGGCGCUGCUGGCAAAAAGAAGAAAUGAGGUCUGUUCCAGUGAGCCCGGAGAAUCAGGGAUGGUCCUCGUGCUCAAGAUGUUCUUGUAUAUUGUCAUCAAAUAAAAAUUUUGAAAAAAAUUGAA